UUUUAAGUAAAAUAAGUCAUUUCUGUUUCAAUUCAGAAUAUGACAGUAUCAGAAUAACAGGAGCUAACCCUAACUGAACACUUAAAGUUUGCCAGGCAAACUUCAUUUCUCUGGAUUUCACAAAAAUUGGCAGUUUUACUUUGCACAAAAAUCACAUGAGAUAUGUGGCAUUGCUGAUAAAGAAAUAGAAAUCCAGAGAAAUGAAGUCACUUACUCAAAGUCACCCAGCUACAUGAUUUGUGGCUCUGGAAGUUCAGCUACUAGGACUCUUCCAGCUUUCUACAGGUGUCACGAAAGCACAAGACCACACACACACAGCUCUGAUGGAAGAGGGCUAAAAGGAAGAUUUCAGUUCUUACUGACCUUUUUAGGUCAACAAGGCUUUCUAAGAAAACUGUAAAGAUAAAUAAACGAUGGGUUGCAGUAAUUCUCACCAUCUAGGAAGCAUCUUAGAAAAGCACUGGAUUUCCUCUAACUAAAAACAUCUAUAAAAAAUGAUAUCAAAAUACAGGAAGAUGUAAAUACCUAAAUUUUAACACUGUCACCUUGCAUACGUUAGGCUGAAUAGCUAAUGGAAUAAGACAUAAAUUCAAUUUUGUUCCAUGCAUUUUUACUGUGAUCUGAAAGGGGUCUUGAGGUGAAUGAUCCUGUACUCAUCCUCCACCAGCCAAUCACUCUGUUUAUUAUUUGGCUCUAAAAAGAAACUUUUCCUGAGGACCACCCCCCCACCACCAUGAUGGAGCAAAAACUAUUACUUGGUUAUGUCAAGAGAAAGCAAUGCAACAAGUACAAAGCGUGCUGAUCAAUGCGCCUGUGUCUGUCUCUAUCAGACAGAAAGCUAGAUAUUGAUAGAGACUACUAUCCUCAUCUGUAACUACAUCAAGCUAGAGAGACCGUUAUAAUACAAGUGGUCUGAGGCAUCCAUGAGUAGAGAAACCAAGAAUGCUGGUCCCGAUCUCUAGUCUUCAGUCUUGGCCCUGUUUCAACUUUCACUUUCAUAUGUGGAAAAAUCGAAACUCUAACUCAGCUGAGUGUUAGUCAAAGAAGAUGUGUCCUGCUCCCCAUGACAGGUUGCUCAGAGACUGCUGAUUUCCACCCUUAUAUAAAGAGAGUCCCCAGCAUACAGGGACUGCUCUGCUGCAGGCAUCUGCUACCAUGUGGGUACUCACGCCUGCUGCUUUUGCUGGGAAGCUCCUGAGUGUGUUCAGGCAACCUCUGAGCUUUCUGUGGAGAAGCCUUGUCCCGCUGUUCUGCUGGCUGAGGGCAACCUGGCUGCUAGCUUCCAAAAGGAUAAAGCAGCAGCUGGUCCGGAGAGAGCCAGAGGAGACCAAAGAGGAGGAAGAGGACCCUCCUCUGUCCACCACCCCAACCAGUGUCAACUAUCACUUCACUCGCCAGUGCAACUACAAAUGCGGCUUCUGUUUCCACACAGCCAAAACGUCCUUUGUGCUGCCCCUUGAGGAAGCAAAGAGAGGACUGCUUUUGCUUAAGGAAGCUGGUAUGGAGAAGAUCAACUUUUCAGGUGGAGAGCCGUUUCUUCACGACCGGGGCGAAUACCUGGGCAAGUUGGUGAAGUUCUGCAAAGCAGAGCUGCGGCUGCCCAGCGUGAGCAUCGUGAGCAACGGAAGCCUGAUCCGGGAGAGGUGGUUCCAGAAUUACGGUGAAUAUUUGGACAUUCUCGCUGUCUCCUGUGACAGCUUUGAUGAGGAAGUCAAUGUCCUUAUUGGCCGUGGCCAAGGAAAGAAGAACCAUGUGGAAAACCUUCAAAAGCUGAGGACGUGGUGUAGGGAUUAUAGAGUCGCUUUCAAGAUAAAUUCUGUCAUUAAUCGUUUCAAUGUGGAAGAGGACAUGACGGAACAGAUCAAAGCGCUAAACCCCGUCCGCUGGAAAGUGUUCCAGUGCCUCUUAAUUGAGGGUGAGAACUGUGGAGAAGAUGCUCUAAGAGAAGCAGAAAGAUUUGUUAUUGGUGAUGAAGAAUUUGAAAGAUUCUUAGAGCGCCACAAAGAAGUGUCCUGUUUGGUGCCUGAAUCUAACCAGAAGAUGAAAGACUCCUACCUUAUUCUGGAUGAAUAUAUGCGCUUUCUGAACUGUAGAAAGGGACGGAAGGACCCUUCCAAGUCCAUCCUGGAUGUUGGUGUAGAAGAAGCUAUAAAAUUCAGUGGAUUUGAUGAAAAGAUGUUUCUGAAGCGAGGAGGAAAAUACACAUGGAGUAAGGCUGAUCUGAAGCUGGACUGGUAGAGCGGAAAGUGGAACGAGACUUCAACACACCAGUGGGAAAACCUCUGGAGUGACUACCAUUGUCUGCAGUACUAUCCUGUUGGUAUUUCCCAGUGGCUGAAAACCUGAUUUUCUGCUGCACAUGACAUCUGAUUACCUGUGGUCACUGAACACAUAAAUAACUUGGAUAGCAAAUCCUGAGACAAUGGAAAACCAUGAACUUUACUUCAUUGACAUAUAACCUUGUUGUUAUUGAGACAGCACUUCUGUUUUUGAGUUAGAUUUAGCUAAAAAGAGGGAAUACACACAGGAAUAAUGACCCCAAAAAAGCUUAAGACAAGGUCCCUAUACACAGGACCUGACCUUUAGCUCAAUGGUGCAUUUGUAAGAAAUAAGCUCUAGUGAUAUCUGUGGGGGCAAUAUUUAAUUUGGAUCUGACAUUUCAAACAGUGUUUAUUGUGAUUUCUGUAUUUCCAUUUUGAAGCCAUUUCUUGUUCCAGGUUUGUUUGUUUGACAGAGUCAAUAUUUUUUGCUAAAUAUCCAGAUACCAGUUUUCACAUCUGAGGCAUUAUGAAGUAUCUGCCUCAAUUAUUUCUGCUGGUUAUAAUGCUUUUAAUGCUUUUUUUUUUUUUUUUUUUUUGGCCUUUAUGCUAUUGCAGUCUUGUACUUUUUAUUGUGAAGUAUAGAAAUAGUCAACAGAUGUUUCCAAGAACAUAUGAUAAUCCUACCAAUUUUCAAGAAGUCCCUAGAAGGAGAUAACACAUAUUUACAUGUGUACAUGCAUGCACUUUAUACGUGCACAUCAUUUCUAUUCCAGAAACAAUGUCUACCUCCAGUUUCCCCAGUACAUCAUGCUAUAUCACACUUCUGUGCUUUUAUAAUUCCAUUCACUCCAACUUAAAAAAGGGUGCAGCCCUGCCCAUGGUGGCUGUUCCAUGAAUGCUGGCUACCUAUAUAUGUGUGUGUUCCUUUCUCUUCAAAGAUCCUGAGCAAAACCAAGAUACGCUUUCCAUUUGAUGAUGGAGUUGACAUGGGAGCAGUGCUUAUACUGCUUUGUUCACCUAUCAUUUGGCCACAUGAGGCUGUCAAGCAAAAGAAUAGGAAUGUAGUUGGAAUAGCUGGUUGUCCCUAUGUUUCCAAGAGGUGAUGGCACAUGGGUUUGGCAUAAGAUAUCCUAAAAUCACGCUGGAACCUUGGGUGAAGAAGAAUGUGAGCAAGAGUAGAGAGAGUGCCUAGAUAUCAUGUCAGUGAAUCCAUGUCACCAUAUCAUGUUUUUGAAUGAACUCUGAGUCAAUUGAAAUAAGGUACCAUCUAGGUCAGUUUAAGAAGCGUCAGCUCAGAGAAAGCAAGCGUGAGGGAAGAUGUCACAUAAACUAGAUCAGGGAACAAAAUCCUCUCGUGGAAAUACCCCAUGCAGUUUGUUGAUAUAACUUAGUAUCUUAUUGCCUAAAAAAUAAUUUCUUAUCAUUGUUUCAAAAAAGCAAAAUCAUGGAAAAUUUUUGUUGUCCAAGCAAAUAAAAGGUCAUUUUAAUUCAGCUGCAAUUUCAGUGUUCCUCACUAGGUGGCAUUUAAAUAUUGCCUGUUGUCAUUAAACACCAUCCAGAAAUUCUGCUUCAUAAUCUGUUUUCAAGACUUGGUGAUUUUGAAAGUUUUGGUUUUUGUGACUUUGUUUCUCAGAAAAAAAAAAUAUUCCUACUUAAAUUUUAAGUCACUAUAAUUCAAUUUAAAUAUGUGCGUGUCUCAUCCAGGAUAGAAUAGGUUGUCUUCUAUUUUCCAUUUUACCUAUUUACUUUUUUUGUUAGAAAAGAGAAAAAUGAAUUAUAAAGCUGUUCCCCAUGGGUUUUGAUUGUAUCUAAGCUAUGAUGACCUUCAUAUAUCAGCAUAAACAUAAAAUAAAUUUUGUACUUAACAUGAAUGCACUUUGCUGAUCCUCAUGGCACAGUGGCUCACGCCUGUAAUCCCAGCACUUUGGGAGGCUGAGGUGGGUGGAUCACGAGGUCAGGAGUUCGAGACCAGCCUGGCCAACAUGGUGAAACCCCGUCUCCACUAAAAAUACAACAAUUCGCCAGGCAUGGUGGCGUACACCUGUAAUUCCAGCUACUCAGAAGGCCCAGGCAGGUGGAUUGCUUGAACCUGGAAGGCAGAGGUUGCAGAGCCAAGAUAGUGCCACUGCACUCUAGCCUGGGUGACAGAGCAAGACUCCAUCUCAAAAAAAAAAAAAAAAAAAAAGCAAGAGUUCAACUAAGAAGGGUCACGUGUGAAAGCCUCAAGGACACUGUUUGAUAUACAACAGGUAUUCAAUCAAUGUUAUUUGAAACCAAAUUUGAAUUUGAAGUUUGAAUCUUCUGAGUUGGAGUGAAUUUUUUUCUAGCUGAGGGAAACUGUAUUUUUCUUUCCCCCAAAGAGGAAUAUAAUGUAAAAUGAAAUAAAACUAUAAGCUAUGUUAAAUACA